AUGGCAAAGAAAAUAACAAGUGUUGGUGCUCUCCUCUUCUUAGCUCUCUUGGCCUUGAACGAAGCCUUAGCCACCACCGUGACAACCACCGUGAGCACCACCACAAUCGAUUAUGAGGAGAAUCAACAAUGCCAGAAAGAGAUUCAGACGCGCAGCUUCUCAAACUGCGAGACUUUCCUGAGGCUUGAAUUUGAUACAUCUGAUGCCACAAUAAUGUUGCCCUAUCCUAAAAAAUAUUAUAAAAAUCGUUGCUGCAAAGAAGAGUUGAGUGGCAUUGAUCAGCAGUGCGUGUGCUAUGCUGUGAGGUCUAUGAUGAAGAACAUGAUGGACAGCGGCCGCCUCAGCGCUGAGGAUAUGGAGGAGAUGCUCGUGCUUGCUGGAGUUCUUCCUAUCAUGUGCAACAUACGAAAAAACCCAUGCUGA